AUGAAUAAGCAUGACAGUGCUACAACUAAUGAAAAAAGUCCACUGGAGGGUAGUGAAAUGCUCACAGGAACCAUAAAGAUAAUGCGAACUCAACUUGAUUAUAAAUUUUAUGACAAUGCUUGUCUCAACUUCCUUAAGAUUGUCAGUUAUGGUGUUUGGUCUGCUAUAGCUAAUGAAAGUAGAAUGGCUGCCUCUAUUCUACGCCUACAUUUCCAUGACUGUUUUGCUAAUAGCUGUGAUAGAACUGUCUUGCUUGAUGAUACCAACACAUUCACAGGGGAGACGAACACGUACCCUAAUAAGGAUUCGGCUGGAGGAUUUGAUAUUAUUGAUGCAAUAAAGGCAAAUGUUGAGAAAGCUUGCCCGUCCAAAGUCUCUUGUGUUGUUAUAUUGACUCUUUCUGCCAGGGAAUCUGCUUAUCUGAUCAUAAUGACCAAAGGCUAUGUCGAGUAUCGUGAAGAUAGUUUGGGCAGUAACAACUAA